UAGGGGAAGUCGGCAUUACGAGGCGUGUAGGUCCCGCUGGCGAGUAACGUCCUAAUAGUUAGAGUGAUCCGGCGGUGUGUUGUUUUCCACAAAAUUCAACUUCCACAAAGGAAUUCACGACUGCCAUCGGUAACACGACGCGGGUAGACGUUGACCUCCAUCUUCGGUCGACACUUGUCCUUCAGCUGUGUCGUAUUUGACAGCCAGAGUUGGAGCUGCCUCAGCGCUGUAUGUGCGGCAAUAACAUGUCAGCGCCUUUACCUGCCAUUGUGCCUGCUGCCCGGAAAGCCACUGCAGCGGUUAUAUUUCUGCAUGGCCUCGGUGAUACUGGGCAUGGCUGGGCAGAAGCCUUCGCAGGCAUCAGGAUACCACAUGUGAAAUACAUCUGUCCUCAUGCUCCCACCAUGCCUGUUUCUUUGAACAUGAGAAUGUCCAUGCCUUCUUGGUUUGAUAUCUAUGGGUUGAGCCCUGAUGCAGAUGAAGAUGAGAGUGGUAUUAAAAGAGCAUCAGAGAACAUUAAAGCCUUGAUAGAACAAGAAGUGAAGAAUGGAAUACCUUCGCAUAGAAUUAUCCUGGGUGGAUUUUCACAGGGUGGAGCAUUGUCUCUCUACACGGCUCUGACAACUCAGCAGAAACUUGCUGGAGUGGUCGCUCUGAGCUGCUGGCUUCCUCUCCGCAAAUCUUUCCCUCAGGCAUCUGCCAACAGUGUUAACAAGGACAUGCAUGUCCUACAAUGCCACGGGGAUGCCGACCCCCUGGUCCCCUUUGUGUUUGGCAGCCAGACAGCAGAGAAGAUGAAAAGUCUCAUCAAUCCUGCCAAUGUCACCUUCAAGUCAUAUCGAGGUCUACCUCACAGCAGCUGUCCAGAGGAAAUGGUGGAUAUGAAACGGUUCAUAGAGAAACAGCUUCCUCCCAUCAGUGAUGAAUGAACUCUGGAUUAUAUGUACAACCACACAGCACCAUCAGAGUCCUCAGGGACUGACUCCAGUAUUGACUCCAUGGACCCGAGGAACCACUGACUUACUUGACAAUAAAACCACGCUGCUAUUCAUAGAGCCAGACAGGACUGGGGGUGCUACACGUUAGCCCAGGAGAGGCAUGACUGAAACGAUGCUGCAUCCUGACCUGGAGCCACACAUGAUCCUCAGUGUUACAGUAGAGUAACAGUAGUUGCUUGAUUGUAAAGCUACUUGCCAUUGAGAUGAGCCAUUACCUGCAGGAAGCGUAUGUAUUGGAACUAGAAUGGCACUCAGUAGAGCGCAUACCUCCGCCAAGGCUAAACAACCCUACACGCCUGUCUAGCUCUUGUAAUAGAAAAAUAAAAGGUAAAAGGAAGUAAUCUGAGAGCAGAAUGCAGAUUCAGUAUUAUCUUCAGAUCCAGAUUAUUAUCCAGAUCUGCACCAAAUUGUACAAACUCAAAAUCAAAACAUUUACUGAGAAAUUGCCAAAAAUCUCAAAACAUCUUGAAAUGUUUAAGAAAGUGAUC